AUGGAUAAAAAAGAUUCUAAAACAAUUAAAUAUUUCAAAAAAAACUAUGAUGGAUCAUAUAAAAUUGUAAAAAAAUUAUGUAAAAAAUAUGUAAGAGAACAAACAAUUAAAUCUCAUGCUGUUGGAAAAGAAAAAAAAAAAAGAAAAAAAGAUGUUAAAUCUUCAAAUGAAUACAGGGAUAAUUUCAAUUCAUCAGAUUCAGAUGCAAAUUUAGAUUGUGAAAACUCAACAAAAAAUAAACACUACAAUAAUGGUAAUAAAAAUAAUAUCUAUGCUGUUUCGGAAUCAAUUGAUAAAAAGUCAUACUUUAUUAUUUUCUUAAACAUACAUACAUACACAACUAUCAAUUUUGAAAUUGUUGCAGGAUCAGAUUCAAAAUCUAUUAAAAUUAUAUUUUUGAAUCAAAUUGAUGAAGAAGAUAAACAAUUAAUAUUAUACAAAUUAUUAAAUUUAGGUGCGCCAAUUAACCCCCAAACAAUUAAUGUAAUAGGAUUCGAACACCCCCAUAAAGAGUACAUCAUAGAAUUUCAUGAUCCAGUUGAUUUUAAUGGUAUUGAGCAAACUAAGGUAAUAGGAAAACAAGUUACAUCUUUGUCCAUAAUUUUUAAAGUAAAAAAGAAGGUAGUGAAUCAAACUAUAGUAUCUUUUAAAAAUGUCCCUAUCCCAAUAACCGAAACAAAUCUAAUUGUAAAUGGUAAUAAAGCUUCAUUUCCAACUAGACGAUUGACCAACACAUCAAAAAUUAAUAAAGAAAAUAUUAUUUAA